UCGAGCGGGUCACCAUGCUGGUCAUCUUUAUCAACUGCGUCACCCUGGGCAUGUACCAGCCGUGUGAGGACACCAAAUGUGUCAGCAGUCGCUGCAGGCUCCUCGAGGUGGGCGAUGACGUCAUAUACGCCUACUUCCUGGUCGAGAUGUUGAUCAAGAUGGUGGCGAUGGGGGUGUACGGCGAGGGCACCUACCUUGCCGAGAGCUGGAAUCGGCUUGACUUCUUCAUCGUAGCUGCCGGGCUGAUCGAGUACUGCCUGAACGUGGAGAAUAUGGAUCUGUCUGCAAUACGAACUAUCAGGGUUCUGCGGCCUCUCAGAGCCAUCAACCGGAUACCCAGUAUGCGGAUCUUGGUCAUGUUACUGUUGGACACGCUUCCAAUGUUGGGCAACGUGUUGCUGCUGUGUUUCUUUGUGUUCUUCAUUUUCGGCAUCGUCGGCGUGCAGUUGUGGGCCGGUAUCCUCCGGCAACGAUGCUUCCUGAACCUGCCGCCCAACGUCACCUACGAGGGGUCAAUAUCGUCCUACUAUCGGUCUGCGGAACAGGAGAAGGACUACAUCUGCACUAUGGCCAAGGAUAACGGCCUGCACACGUGUGAAAACCUGCCGCCCACAAAAAUCGGCGAUCUGGAGUGCACCGAGCCGGCCCGACCCAACAGUCCCAACUUACCGACAAACACCUCUUGUGUCAACUGGAACCAGUACUACACCGAGUGUCGUGCCGGCGACAAGAAUCCCUUCCAGGGCGCCAUGUCGUUCGAUAACAUUGGCCUCGCCUGGGUCGCCAUCUUCCUGGUCAUUAGCUUAGAAGGCUGGACGGAUAUUAUGUACUACAUACAAGACGCGCACAGCUUCUGGGACUUCAUCUACUUCGUACUACUCAUUGUCAUCGGAGCGUUCUUCAUGAUCAACCUCUGCCUGGUCGUCAUCGCUACGCAGUUCUCCGAGACGAAGAAGCGAGAAACAGAACGGAUGCGGCUAGAGCGUGCCCGAUUCCAGAGCACCUCCACUCUGGGGAGCUCUCUGGAGAACGCCGGCUGCUACGCUGAAAUCCUGCGCUACGUCGCUCACCUCUGGAGGAGACUACGAAGGAAACUGCGCUAUCGCUGGCGACGAAUAAGGCGCAAGCCACCAUCACGCUUUAGUCUGCGUCGGCGACGACGUGGUGAUGACGGACAAGAGUGUAGUCAUGAUCACCCUCGACGGGACUAUCGUCGUGGGCGAGUGGUGCGUGGUGAGGACCCAGAGAGUGGGCGCAACAAUAAUAACUUUUUCUGUGAUAGAAAGGUGGACGAGUGGGCUCCUCAGGCCAGUCCGGAGGUUUCUGAUGUGGACCCGCUGUCCACGCCGCGUAGGCCGGAUGGGGAGAUGCCUACGGGGUCCGGCGCGUUGAUGCCUGUGGGACUUGGUGAACCGGAUAGUUCAGACUGCGAGCGAGGUCUGGAUAGUCAUCUCCUCCCUCCAGGGAUUCUCUGCAGUCGCCUGUCGCCUGACACCGGCCGGCCGCCCGAGAGACGAGCCAAGAGUGUCAGCUACGACGUCAACAAGCCAGUCAUCAUACCCAUCCAGAGGUUGGCCGCAGGUGGUGAAGGCGAUGUCGUAGAGACUGUCCCACCGCAGUUGCGGGCGGAACUAUCGCGGGCUGAGUCACAGCUGCGAAAACUGCGGAGCUCUGUGUUCCCCCGUGUGUGUCGUUCGGCUGAUCGCGGUCCGCUCAGCUGCACUGAACUCCUCGCUAUCAGUGGAGCGUUGAGUGCAGCUCUUCCCGCGCAGUUAGCGCAAGUACCUCUACGACAUUCGAGUCAGCAGCUUCCUUCCGCGCUGGCAGGAGUCACGGGAGGCCCGGUGACAACUCGACAGCUCUCUGAACCAGCGCUACCGGGACUCGGGUCUCCGCCACUGGACUCUGCGCGAACCGCGAGUGACGCGAGCUGGAGCGGGGACUCGGAGGACUCGUGUUCCUCUGAUGAGGAGGACUACUCCGAUGAGGACUGUGAGGAAUACUGGUCGGAGUAUGAGGACGACGAACCUCGCACGCCGCGAUGUCCUCGAGUUCGCGCUGUGCUAAGGUGGAUUCGAGCGAGUGUCAAACGCUUUAUCGAACACUCAUACACACAGAAGGGCAUACUUUUAGCGAUCAUGAUCAACACACUGAGCAUGGGUGUUGAGUACCACAACCAGCCGCCAUGGCUGACAACGCUGGUAGAGACGAGCAAUAUCGUGUUCUCAGCGGUGUUUGCGCUGGAGAUGAUGCUGAAGUUGAUCGCAGACGGGUUUUACGGCUACAUCCGCAACGGCUUCAACGUGUUCGACGGCCUGAUCGUCAUCAUCAGUGCCGUGGACCUGUACAAAUCCCAGUUUAGCACCACUGGCAGCGAGGGCGGGUCCAGUCUCUCCGUGCUGAGAACUUUCCGACUACUACGCAUCCUGAAGCUGGUCCGAUUUCUGCCAAACCUUCGACGUCAACUCCUGGUCAUGUUGAAGACAAUGGACAACGUAGCCAUCUUCUUCUCGCUUCUCAUCCUCUUCAUUUUCAUCUUCAGUGUGCUCGGUAUGAUAUUGUUCGGAGGGAAGUUUUGUAUGCGCCGGGACGGCACGGGACCUUGUGAGUGCCGUCGCCUGCACGACAUGGAUCCAAACUGCAUUUGCCAGCGCAAAAACUUCGACAACUUCCUCUGGUCUACCGUCACCGUUUUUCAGAUUUUAACACAGGAGGACUGGAACGUGGUUCUGUUCAACGGCAUGGAGAGGACCUCUCCGUGGGCGGCGCUCUAUUUUGUGGCGCUGAUGACGUUCGGAAACUACGUUCUCUUCAACCUUCUGGUCGCCAUCUUGGUGGAGGGUUUCUCUUCAGAGGGCCGGCGGCGGCGGCGGAGUCAUAUGAGUCACAUGAGCUACUUCAGCCCGGCUCCGGAGCCCGGUGACCCGACCCUGGCGCGCUCUGUGUCACUGGACUACAGACAGGAGAGGCGGCGGCUCACAGACGUAUCACACCUAACAGCUCCCCCGGAGAUCAUGAUGCCGAUCAUCACGAGGACGGCGGCCACGCCUCAGUCAUCUCCUCACGCCACGCUGGAGAGUCGGCACAACCACCGGCACGCAGCUCUGGCUGACGUCAUACAGGGUGGCGAGUGCCGGAACGGUUCCGGUCUCUCGGGGACGGGCCACUGUUCACUGAGCUCCUGUCCGUCGACACCGGGCCGCUCUGACGUCAGCAGCCACGAGCCAAUCGCUGAGGAGGGUGAGGAGGGUACCUCUGAACAGGAGACACCGCAGCCCACUCUCAGUCGUCAGGCGAGCGUCAACCGCGGCCAGCCUCGCUCCUGUCUGGCCCGCAGCAGGAGUGUCAGGAGCGGUCACAAAGUCGAGAUCGAUGACCCGGCAUCGGCACCUACGGCCGAUAGGCUGUCGGGGCGAGACGAGCCAUACCAGCGGUACAAUGGUCGCGUGAGGAAGUUCUCAUGCGACUCCCAGCAGCGCGCCCCGUCCAGCGACGGCUCCAGAAGGCUGAGUUUCUCCGACACACCGUCCAGCUACAUGGCCAGCCGUCAUAACUCCUUUGGCAGUCGCCGAAACUCCACAGUUAGCCGGCAUAACUCGUUUGGGAGUCGGCCUAACUCACUGAGUAGUCGGCAGAAUUCCUUUCGGAGUCGAAACAACUCGAUUGGAAGCCGGUACUAUUCGAUCGGGAGCCGCCAAAACUCAGUCGGAAGCAGGAGAAAUUCGGUCACCAGCAGACAAAACUCGUUCCGGUUCAGUCGACAGAGCUCACUGCAUCGGCAGUCCUCGGUGUGCUCCUGGUCAUCGGCGGCGCCCAAGUUCACCGUUCUGGCCCUGGACACUAUACCACUGGACCGAAGUGGGUCGGCUCUCACCAACUCCAUAUCGCCACAUAAGAAGGUGCCGAAGCUACUGGGUCUCUUCGAGCCGCUCGAGUGUAUGAAGAAGAGGGCAGACUGGUCGCUAUAUCUCUUCGCCCCGGAUAAUGUCGUACGGCGGCUGUGCCGGUGGCUGACGGCGCAGCGCUGGUUCGACCACACCAUUCUCUUCUUCAUCGCCCUCAACUGCAUCACCUUGGCCAUGGAGAGGCCCAACAUCCCUCCCGACUCGUACGAGCGCGCCUUCCUGGUCGCCUGUAACUACCUCUUCACGGUGGUCUUCGGACUGGAGAUGCUGGUCAAGGUUAUCUCCCAUAACCUGUUGUACGGCCACAACAGCUACUUCAGCUCCGGCUGGAACGUCAUGGACGGCAUCCUGGUACUCAUCAGCGUGGUUGACCUCUGCAUGUCUCUCAUGUCCACCGGCUCGCCAAAGAUCUUCAACAUACUCAGGGUAUUCCGUUUGUUGCGCUCACUGCGUCCCCUGCGGGUUAUCAACCGCGCACCCGGUCUGAAGCUUGUGGUACAGACCCUGCUGUCCAGUCUGAAGCCCAUCGGCAACAUCGUCCUCAUCUGCAUGACCUUCUUCGUCAUCUUCGGCAUUCUCGGCGUCCAGCUGUUCAAGGGCACAUUCUACUACUGCGACGGAGACGACUUAGUGGGUGUCACCAACAAAACCGAAUGUCUCAGUCGACCGGGAAAUGCCUGGGUCAACCGCAAGUACAACUUUGACAACCUGGGCACGGCCCUGAUGGCCCUGUUCGUGCUCUCAUCGAAGGACGGCUGGGUGAACAUCAUGUACACCGGCCUGGACGCAGUGGGGGUGGACCAGCAGCCGAUCGAGAACUACUCCGAGUGGCGUCUGGUGUACUUCAUCUCCUUCCUUCUCCUCGUCGGCUUCUUUGUGCUCAACAUGUUCGUCGGAGUCGUGGUGGAAAACUUCCACCGGUGUCGUGAAGAACAAGAGAAGGAGGAGAAGGCGCGCAGGGCCGCCAAACGAGCCAAAAAGAUGGAGAAGAAGAGGAAAAAAAUGCGCGAGCAGCCUUACUACGCCACGUACACGCCCGGUCGCCUUCUAAUCCACAACAUCGUCACCUCCAAGUACUUCGACCUGGCCAUAGCGAAUGUGAUCGGCCUGAACGUCGUCUCCAUGGCCAUGGAGUAUUACAAGAUGCCCGAGGAGUUGCGGUAUGCACUGCGCGUCUUCAACUUCUUCUUCACGGCCGUCUUCACGUUGGAGAUGCUGAUGAAAGUGGUGGCCCUCGGCUGGAGACGCUACCUGAAGGACAGGUCAGUGGUGAGGUGGAACCAGCUCGACGUCGGUAUCGUGGUCCUCUCCGUGGUCGGUAUCGUUCUGGAGGAGAUGGAAAACGAUCUGAUUCCCAUCAACCCGACCAUCAUUCGCGUCAUGAGGGUCAUGAGGAUAGCCAGGG